AUGGCAUCAUCUAUCGGUCCUUGCUAUAAACUUAGCGCUACUGUAUCUAAAGAGGUGCCUUUUGAUAAUGUUUGUGUCCUUGCCCAAACACCUCAGUUGAUCGCGCUACUCUCCAUAAUACGGAAUAAAAACACAGAUCGGGCAGAUUUUAUAUUCUAUUCAAAUCGCAUUAUUCGACUGCUGGUUGAAGAAGGUCUUAACCAUCUUCCGGUAAUAGAACAUGAUAUCAUAACUCCCGUUGAUCGAACAUACAACGGUCUGAUGUUUCAAGGAAAGAUUUGCGGCGUCUCUAUUAUGCGAGCUGGAGAGGCAAUGGAGCAAGGCUUGCGGGACUGUUGCCGGUCAGUUCGAAUUGGCAAAAUACUGAUUCAAAGGGAUGAGGACACUUCACAGCCGAAACUCUUUUAUGACAAAUUACCCGAGGAUAUCGCUGAUCGAUGGGUCCUGCUGCUAGAUCCAAUGUUUGCAACAGGCGGAUCGGCUAUAAUGGCUGUACAAGUGUUGAAAGCACGUGGAGUGCCCGAGGAACAUAUCCUGUUCCUUAAUAUCAUCGCAAGCCCGGAGGGUAUAAAAAAUUUUGCUACCAAGUUUCCCCAUCUAAAAGUCGUUACUGCUUUUAUAGAUCAGGGUUUGGACGAAAAAAAUUAUAUUGUUCCUGGCCUCGGAGACUUUGGAGACCGAUUUUACACGAUCUAG